AUGAGGCAAUGCCAGGCUUUAGUGGUCAAAAAGCCUAUUACGUCAGUCAUGGAACGCCAACACCUUAACGUGCUCCUGUCCCGCCGAUCAGUUGUUGUCAACAACGAGUGCCAGCCGAAGCCUGAUUGCGGCGAGGAUGCUAUCCCAAACGCGACUGGCCAGUGCGAAUGCAAGAUCUUGGGCGCCCUCAACUGCGGCGACGAGGCUGACCUGGAGAAUGGCAACUGUGUGUGCAAGGUUGAGGGCCAGUCAUGGAACGCCGACACAUCAACGUGCUCCUGUCCCGCCGAUGAGGUCGUUGUCAACAGCCGAUGCGAGCCCCAGCUUAAUUGCGGCAAGGAUUCCUUUGCCGAUGAGAGCGGCCAGUGCGAAUGCAACGUAAGCGGCGCUCUGUUCACCCAGCAGACCAUGGCGUGUAACUGCCCCUGGGGGAAGACUCCCGUAGACGGCAAAUGCCAGCUCGACUGCGGGCCCGAGGCCACUCUCGACAACGGCCACUGUAUCUGCAACAUCGUUGUCGACGGAAACUGCCAGCUACUUGGCUGCGGAACCGCGGCCUAUGCCAAGGACGGCAGGUGCGAAGUGGACUGCGGUCCCGAUGCGACCUUGAAGAACUGGCAGUGCGUCUGCAAGAUCAAGGGACGGACGUGGAACGCCAACACCCUGAAGUGCACUUGCUCUUCUAGGAGGAAGGCGACCAAGACCAGGUGA